CAACAUGAGAGAGGCCAACAUGGCUGAACCUGUGAGUGUCGGGGCUCUGCUCCAGUCAGAGCUCGUCGAGGACGCUUUGUACCGGGAGGAAGGCUUGUGUGUUGUCGGUAUUUUCGGUAAAAGCAACAUGCAGCUCGCGCCGCUGAAGGAGUCUCUGGUCAACACUCUGGCGGAUAAACACCUCUUCGCGCUGUUCGGCGGCCCGGAGGACGGCGGCACCGCGGACAGCCACAUCCAGGCUUUCUACAACCAGGAGGACCGGGUGCUGUACCUGCUGCUCUCCUCCGUCUGCGACAGCCGCCAGCUGCUGCGGGCCUGUCAGACUCUCAGUGCCGGCGCCGGACACUCCGACGCCCAUGACUUCUGGAAAGGCCUGGAGAGGCAGCACUGCCUCCACUUGCUCUACAUGUUCUCCGUGUGCCACGUCCUCCUGCUCGUUCAUCCCAACCAGACCUUCGACGUGACCUACGACCGCUUCUUCCGAGCCCUGGACGCCGUGCGACAGAAGGUGCUGCCUAUGAUCAGAGCUGCCAUCAAAGAUUGUCCGGUGUCCAAGGAGUGGAAGCUGAACUGUCGGCCCUGCCCUCCGCGCCUGCUCUUCGUCUUCCAGAUGAACGGAACCCUGAAGGUUUCUGCCAAUGGCUCGGAGUCUGGAGGAAACCCAGACAAACCCAAAAAGCACUCUCCCAGGAGGAGGCUGCAGCACGCACUGGAGGACCAGAUUUAUCGCAUCUUCCGUAAAAGCAGAGUGCUGACAAACCAAAGUAGCAACUGUUUGUUCACCGUGCCCGCCAACCAAGCAUUUGUGUAUGUGAUACCAGCCACAGAAGAGGACCCCGUGGGAACAUUGCUUGCUCAGCUGCGGUCAAACUGCAUCUUGUGUGAGCAAGAAACCCCCACGGUGGUGAGAGGGCCGAGGCGUUAUCAGCAGAUGCGACGUUCGGCUCGGCAGGCCAGCUUCAGCAUCGACUCGGGCAUCGCGCCGCUGGGCGGUCAGCUGACGGACUGUAGCUUGAAGGAGUUCCUCUGGCAGCAUGUAGAGCUCGUGCUGACAAAGAAAGGCUUCGAUGACAGUGUCGGUCGCAACCCACAGCCUUCGCACUUUGAGCUGCCGACCUACUCCAAGUGGGUCCAGGUGGCCUCCAGACUCCACCAUGUCCUUAUUAGCACCACAGAAGAAGAAAUGGCUGAACUAUCUACGAAAGCGCAAGGCCAACUGAAGGUUUUGGAGGGUUUUCUUGAAGCUGACACAAAGUUUUCUGAGAUCAGGUGUCAGAAAGCCCUGCCACUGGCUCACAGCGCUUACCAGUCCAACCUUCCCCAUAAUUACACCACUACAGUGCACAAAAACCAGCUGGCACAGGCUCUGCGGGUGUACAGCCAGCACGCUCGCGGCGUGGCGUUUCAGCGCUACGCUCUGCAGCUUCAUGAGGACUGCUACAAGUUCUGGAGCAACGGCCACCAGCUGUGUGAGGAGCGAAGCCUGACUGACCAACACUGUGUUCACAAGUUCCACCUACUGCCUCAGCCAGGAGAGAAGCCGGAUAUGGAUCGCAACCCCCCCAUACUGAACCACAACAGCAGGGGGCGCUCCACCAGCUCCUGCAACUGUGGCAGGAAACAGGCUCCUCGUGAGGAUCCGUUUGACGUCCAGGGUGCCAAUUAUGACUUCUUCCAGAUUCUGGAUGAGAAAUGCUGUGGGAAGCUGGAGAGGAUCGAGUUCCCAGUAUUCCAGCCCAGCACUCCUGACGCAGCCCCAGCUCCGAACCAGGCUCAGCAGCUGCCAAUAGAGCCCUCGGAGUCUGGUGAGGCUGAGAAGGUGAAGGAGCAGGAGCCGAGCACUGCACAGAGUCACACACCCGCAGACACCAGCCUCAGCCUGGCCCUCAGUCUCGGACAGUCCUCGGACAGUUUGGGUACCUAUGGUGAAGGGGACGGAGCCGAAACCCAAGUUCAGCCGAAGAGGCCGAGCCUGGUAGACCGACAGCCCUCCACUGUGGAGUACCUCCCUGGUAUGAUGCACUCGGGCUGCUCGAAGGGUCUGCUCCCCAAGUUCUCCAGCUGGUCCCUGGUCAAACUGGGAACCGCAAAGUCCUACAACUGCCACACGGGUCUGGAACAGCCGGGCUUCCUCCCCGGCUCCUCCUUCCUCUUGCCGUGGGACUUGGUCAUUCGCUCCCGGUCAGAGGAGGAUACGGGACUGACGGAGUCUUUGGAUGGAAGCACCUCUUCGUGGCCAGCUCCUAACAAGACCCUGGUGGGAAAGCGAGGGAGCACUGGAGGCCUGGGGAGGAGUCGCAGGAGGGAUGAUAUGGCUCGAGCGUUCGUGGGGUUCGAGUAUGAGGACAGCAGGGGAAGACGCUUCAUUAGCUCCGGGCCUGAUAAGAUAGUGAAAGUGCUGGGGCCAGGGGGCGCCAAAGAUCCCGCCACCAGGGUGCUCAACACAGACAUGCCGUUGUACAUCCCUUCGCCCUCCCAGGGCCGAGGCCUGAAGUCUCACUACGCCCAGCUGGCUCGCCUUUUUAUUGUGGUGCCUGAUGCUCCACUGGAGGUUACACUCAACCCACAGGUGCAGCCCGGUCUCCCUCCCUGCCCAGUUUUCCAUCCAGAGCAGACGGAGAUAGUGUUGCCCUCCGACAGUCUGUGGGUGCUGCGGUUCCCAUAUUCCUACGCAACAGAUCACGGCCCCUGCUACCCACCCAAAGAAAACCAGCCUCUCACCAACUACAAGGUGUUGCGAGGCAUCCUGAAGGCCACCACUGCUAACCCGCCACCACAGUAACCUGAAAGACUUCACCUCUCAGUGAAUCAUUGUCAGAAGAAGAUAAUAAGAAGAGAAUAGAGAGAAAACAGAGACUUGACGGAGCGACGCUGGCAUCUCUGACUUGCUACAGUUUCAAAAUGUAUUUGUUUGUCGCCACAGUAUCAACUCUGAUCAUCGCAUAAUGAUCGAUUAUUUUAUUAAUGAGUUAAAUCUUUCUUCAGAGCAGCGCAUUCAUCAAUUGCUCCCUUGAUUUUGUUCUCUCUCACACACACACACACAAACACACACACACACACACACACUCUCUCACAAACAAACAGUGCGAUCGAGCACGUGUGAAAACUCAGUCUGGGUAAAAACCACAGACUUUAUGAACUUAUUAAAUGAAUGGAGCUGGAGGAGGUGGCGGGGAGCGCUCCGUUUGGUUUGACGCAGUCGGCGCUGUGCAUAACGCGAAUUAUAGAGACACAGAGGAGUAGUAAAUUAUUCACAGAGCCGCUAAAGAUUGUAAAAAAUUAAUUUACAGAGUCAAAACAUGUAAGAAAAGACUCACAUUGAAACUGUAAGUGGUCUUAGUCGAGCUGUGCAUGGCUCCCUGGUGUCUGCCCCCGGACAUGGUGGCCCUUUGACCAGGCUGUGUGCCUUCUCCCGGCUAUGGAGCUGUGUGUGGUCUCUGCGUCCAUAGCCAGGGACUGUUGUAUGUUUAUUUAGACAUGAUCAUCACGAUAUUGACCAACAUUAUCGAUAUCGCAUGUUUUCCUGUUAUCGCACACCCCUACUGCUCACACAGGUUGAGACAUUUUAAUUGUCUCCCUGCUCGUUGCAGGGUCUGUUGGUGACAUCCCCUGGUGAGAUCUUCUGUUUUGCCUCAUCAUUAGAUAAACAUCUCCCCAAAGUGUCUCGUAAACUUAUUUCUGUAUUCUCAUUAAAUGAGCUGUGACAGUUCAGUCUCCACAGAGUUGACCGUAUUGAUUUUGAGAACCUCAUGACCAGCAGUUUUACUGAACUCUUGGCACUUAGGCACAAUUAUGACCAUGUCGUUAUUCUAAUUCUUUCUUUUGGGUCCAAUCUGAGUGUUUGUAAACCAGUAACUUGUAUCUUGUGUCACAGAACUUUGCAUAUGUUGCAGUUUACAGAGUCGGGUCUGAUGAACCAAGGUCAGCAGAAGAAAACUGAAGUCAUUAAGGCUGAGGCUGGAGUGCUUUCUGCUUCAUGUGCAGUAUCCGAAUAGUUCCACAACUCAAAAAUUGCGACAUUGAAGACUUUUAACAUACCAGAUUACUGAAUACUGGAGUGAAACAUGUUGAUUUUUUUUUUGUAAAUAAAAAUAACGUGGUCAAUCUGUGUCAGUCAUCAUCGCCAGGGAGUUUGUUUUCAUCUGCGUUUGUUUCUGCGAUAGAUUCCCACGAAUCUGUUGGGUCGGGGGAAAAACCUGAUAGAUUUUGUUGUGGAGCCGCAAAUGUUUUUUUUUCAACAGUUUAAUUUGUUUCUCAGAGAAUAAUUUAUGGGUCUUGAUAAAAAAACUACAGGCUAGUUUUGGGGACUGAUAGUUAUGAGUCGGUGCAGAUAAUAAUUUGGAAUGUGGUUUUAUAAGGGGACUGUCGUACCUUGGCGUAGGUAAAUACUCUGUGUUAUAUUGUUAUGUGAUAUCUUCUCAGUGAUGUUUAGGUAAACACUAAUGUGAAUAUAGUAUAAACUCUCGCUCUAAUUUGUAACAUUUGACAAUCAUUUUUAUUGACUCAAAUGAGGUAAUGAAACCACACACUUGGAUCAAUACUCAAAGUGAUUAAUAUCGGCCUAAAAUAGAAAGAGGCCUGCAUUCAGCGUUUUGUUCACUAGGUGGGGUUGGGCUCCUUCAUCAUGGUUAAGUCUACUCCUCUUACCGUGAUGGAGACAAAUGACCCUUUUAAAUCUAAAGAGCGAGGCCUCACAACAGAGAGAUGGCUCAUGAGGGACUUCUGUAUUAUCUUUCGGUCCACAUGAGAUGAUGACGGAUAACAUGCUGUGCAGCUCAGUACAAUUGUUUGUCACAUAAUCCCAAAGACAUUUUCUGUAUAAUCCCUGAGCUGGCUUGAAAAUGUGCUGACUUGAAAACAGUUAAUUAUUAAGUUUAAACCUAAUGUGACCAGAGUCUUUUGGAAUAACUGCAGGAGGCUCACUCCAGAGACACUUAAGAUAUUAUGCAACUGUUCUAACAGGCUGAGUAACACUAACAGUGACCAGUAAACUGAACCUUGUGUAAUAUCUGUGGCCAUAAAAAGUGCUAAAAAUAAAUUAUUAGAGUUUACAUCCA